CUUGGCUUCCCAAAAUCCACACGCCCUUCUGCAUUCAAUUCUUGAUCAGUUCCCCAUUAAGUAGAAUUUCUUGAUAACCAUUUGUGUUUUUCAAAGCUUUGAACUUUGAAAAGUAUGAUUCUGUGAGAAUUCUUGUCAGUAGUUUAAAGUACUGGUAAUUAAAUACAGUUGAAGAGUGGUCCAUUUAGUAAUUUCGUGGACCGAAUUUAAAUAAGAUCACUCAUUAACACAGAUUAAGCUUAUUUUCUCUUCCUGCAUAGCACUGAUAUUUCAUUUAAUAAUUGAAACAAAGAUGGGUGAAAACAAUAGCCAUAACCAAGCGUUUGAUGUAUCCCUCAAUGCGCCUCCUCAGGUUGGUUCCAAAUGUUUUGAUGACGAUGGCCGUCUCAAAAGAACAGGAACUGUGUGGACUGCAAGUGCUCAUAUAAUUACAGCAGUGAUUGGUUCUGGAGUUUUGUCCUUGGCUUGGGCCACUGCUCAACUGGGUUGGAUAGCUGGUCCAACUGUGUUGUUCUUGUUCUCAUUUGUCACCUACUACACCUCUGCUCUUCUAGCAUCAUGUUACCGGUCGGUUGAUCCCGAUACCGGAAAAGGAAAAAGAAACUAUACUUACAUGGAUGCUGUCAGAGCCAACCUAGGUGGCUUCAAAGUGAAAAUUUGUGGAGCAAUUCAGUAUUUGAAUCUUUUUGGAGUUGCCAUUGGUUAUACCAUUGCUUCCUCUAUAAGCAUGAUGGCAAUCAAGAAAUCCAAUUGUUUCCACUCGAAAGGAGAUGAUAGUCCUUGCAGAAUUUCGAGCAAUCCUUACAUGAUUGCAUUUGGUGUUAUUCAAAUAAUUUUCUCCCAAAUCCCAGAUUUCGAUCAAAUAUGGUGGCUUUCAUAUGUUGCUGCAAUCAUGUCUUUUACUUACUCAACCAUCGGUUUAGGCCUUGGAAUUGCCAAAGUAGCAGAAACUGGGAAAAUAAGGGGAAGUCUCACUGGAAUUAGCAUAGGCUAUGUCACUCAAAUGGAAAAAGUAUGGAAAAGCUUCCAAGCACUUGGGGCCGUAGCUUUUGCCUAUUCUUACUCCCUCAUCCUUAUUGAAAUACAGGAUACAAUCAAAUCCCCACCAUCUGAAUACAAGACAAUGAAGAAAGCAACUCUACUAAGUAUAGUAGUAACAACAAUUUUCUACAUGUUCUGUGGUUGUUUUGGUUAUGCAGCAUUUGGAGACCAUUCCCCUGGAAACCUUCUCACUGGAUUUGGCUUCUACAACCCAUACUGGCUUCUCGACAUAGCCAACGCCGCCAUUGUUAUCCACCUUGUAGGUGCUUACCAAGUUUAUAGCCAACCCCUUUUCGCCUUCGUUGAAAAAUCUGCAUUAGAAUGGUUCCCAAAUAGCAAAUUCAUCACCAAAGAAAUCCAAGUCCCAAUCCCGGGAUACAAGCCUUUGAAACUCAAUCUCUUCCGACUCGUGUGGAGAACAAUUUUUGUGAUCAUUACAACUAUCAUUUCCAUGCUCAUGCCAUUCUUCAAUGAUGUUGUUGGAAUUUUGGGCGCAUUCGGGUUCUGGCCUCUUACCGUAUAUUUCCCAGUCGAAAUGUACAUAGUCCAAAAGAAGAUCCCAAAAUGGAGUGCAAGAUGGCUCAGUCUACAAAUUCUUAGUGUUGCUUGCCUUAUCAUCUCCAUUGCUGCUGCUGCUGGAUCUUUUGCUGGAGUUGUUUCUGAUCUUAAAGUGUAUAAGCCUUUUAAGAAUGUGUCCUAAUUUUGAUCACUUUUUAAAUCAUAAUUACAAGAGAGAGAUCAAAAGAAUUUAGGACAGUUAUUGUUCAUAGAAGGCCUAAAAUGGUGCACUUGAUGCCAUUGUUUUCUAUCUUUAAUGCAAUUUCUCAUUGUAUUCUGAAGAAAUUAGGCUUGUAUGCAGUUACGUGGGAUUCAAUAUUCCACAUUCUUCCCAAAUUUUUAGUUGUAUCUAUUUCAGUUUCUCAGUUGAAAUUAAAAAGCCAUAGUCUUGUAUAAGCA